UGUGUCCUCGCCGGCGGCAGGGCGGAGCCGAAACGCACUGGGGCCCUCAGUGUCGCGCUGAAGCGCCAGGUUUCCGGCACGAGCGGGAACGACAGUCCCAGAGCUCCUCGCGACAGGCGCGGAAGCCGGCGGCGGCCGUCCGGGACUCCGGUCCCGGCCGGUGCGCAGACCCCGGGGCGUGUCACGCCCGCGCGAGGGAAGGGCCGGCUCUCUGGCCGCCGGCCGCCUCGGCCAAAGCGCGCUCCAGCGCGGGCGUUUCUUAGUUUUGCGCCGGGGACGGGCGCCUCGUGUCGGGAGACAGUAGCCACGGGAAGAGUUGGAGGCGUGUCUCCCACCGGGCUGUGGGUGCACCGGGCGCGGGGCCCCACCUGUGACCCGGCAGCUUCGUUUGUGCCUUACUCCGUGUGGGGCCUCGGCGUGUGUAACUGUCACUUAGUCGUCUCGGGGACCCUUUGUAGAGCACACAUCGGGACCGUGGAAUUGAAAGGGAGUGGUUAGACCGUCUUUGAUCUCACAUUCAAAGUGGCCAGCAUCAUCACCCCAUUUUCUCACCUACAAACCCAGCUGGGACGGUGCCGCAGCGUGAAGGAGUUUGAGAAGCUGAACCGCAUUGGGGAAGGCACCUACGGCAUUGUGUAUAGGGCCCGGGAUACCCAAACGGAUGAGAUUGUCGCCCUGAAGAAAGUGCGGAUGGACAAGGAGAAGGACGGGGUCCCCAUCAGCAGCCUUCGAGAGAUCACGCUGCUCCUUCGCCUCCGCCAUCCGAACAUCGUGGAGCUGAAGGAGGUGGUGGUGGGGAACCACCUGGAGAGCAUCUUCCUGGUGAUGGGUUACUGUGAGCAGGACCUGGCCAGCCUUCUGGAGAACAUGCCGACACCCUUCUCUGAGGCCCAGGUCAAGUGCAUCGUGCUGCAGGUGCUCCGGGGCCUCCAGUACCUGCACCGGAACUUCAUCAUCCACAGUACUGACCCAGUGCCAGUUGAUGUUGCCCAGUAUGCAGGAGAGCAGCAGGCGCAGCCUCGAGGCAGUAGAGGUUCUGUAACUGCUCCUGGGGGUCGGUCCAGGACCAGGGAUCUGAAGGUCUCCAACUUGCUCAUGACGGAUAAGGGCUGCGUGAAGACAGCGGAUUUCGGCCUGGCCCGGGCCUAUGGCAUCCCGGUGAAGCCAAUGACCCCCAAGGUGGUCACCCUCUGGUACCGAGCCCCUGAACUGCUGCUGGGGACCACCACGCAGACCACCAGCAUCGACAUGUGGGCCGUGGGCUGCAUCCUGGCCGAGCUGCUGGCCCAUAAGCCCCUUCUCCCCGGCACUUCCGAGAUCCACCAGGUGGACCUGAUCGUACAGCUGCUGGGGACGCCCAGUGAGAACAUCUGGCCGGGCUUCUCCCAGCUGCCACUGGUCAGCCAGUACAGUCUGAGGAAGCAGCCCUACAACAACCUGAAGCACAAGUUCCCGUGGCUCUCGGAGGCCGGCCUGCGCCUGCUGAACCUUCUCUUCAUGUACGACCCCAAGAAAAGGGCGACGGCCGGCGACUGCCUGGAGAGCUCCUACUUCAAGGAGAAGCCCCUGCCCUGCGAGCCGGAGCUCAUGCCCACCUUCCCCCACCACCGCAACAAGCGUGCUGCCCCGGCCACGUCCUCCGGCGCUGAGAGCCAGAGCCGGCGCUGCAAGCCCUGAGGGCGGGGGCCCCGGGGCCCGGCCUGCCGCCCGGCCAGGACCAACCAGCUGCUCCAGCUGACUGCACCGCUUCCUGCACCUCCUCUGCCCACCGCUGCCCCAGAACGGCAGGGUGGGGACACGGGGGGAUGCCAGUGGGUGCGCCCUGCAGGCCCAGACACCCUGAGGCUGGCCUGCCAGGCGCUACCUGGUGGCUCUGUUGUCUCGUGGCUCUGCCAUCUGGUGGCUGGGCUGGGUCCACCUGUUGCCAAGCCCUCAGACACUCACUUCCCAGGAGGAAACUUGGCUGGGCCCAUCUCAGGAGGUCUCUCUGGCUUGGGACGAGCCGAUCCCACAUGGUCACUUUUGUCCCCACUUGAUCCCCAGGGUCUGCCUGGGAAGGGAGAGGCUACGGUGACCCCCCGCUGGGGCUGCAGGACUCAGUGGGAAGGAGGGGUGGGGGGUGGGGCGCAGCCAGCUUGGUGGACUGGAGUCUGGGCGGCUCUGAGCCCACCAGAGGGACGGCCUUGGGUUGGGGGCUGUGCCCUGUCCCCACUCCCCACUGAGCCCCCUGGGGAGGGGCAUGGUUGGGCCUCGGAGAGAUAAAUGCUUUCCUCACA